AUGAUUUCAUUUGCUGUUUUGCUUAUGAUUCUGAAUUUCCAAUCAUGUUCAACUAUUGAUCCUGAAACCAAUAAAACAACUUGUCUAAAACCAAAGGUGGGACACUGCUCGUGUGAAUGUCCUGGGGUAGAGUACUGCCGCGUUACGUGUAAGGGCCUAGACACUGUCCCUGAGGAACUCCCACCUCAAACAUCCUAUUUAGAAAUGACAGACGGAUCAAUCAAGGAAAUACCAACUGAUUACCUCAAGAAUACAAACCAUUUGUAUGAAAUAAAUCUGUCUAAUAACAGCAUCACAAACAGCUUCUACAUUCCAAAGCUUGUUUAUAAUUUGGACCUGAGCAGGAAUUCGCUGCGAUCUUCGACCCUCUUUGGGAUGUUGCGUAAUCUCACAUCGCUUACAACACUUGAUUUGUCACGGAAUCCGUUGAAUGAUACUCUUAUACCAGGAACAUUUAUUGACUUAGAGAACCUCGACACACUGCUGAUUAUGGACUGCGGAAUAAAAGAUCUUAAAGUGGGGACAUUUCAUGGGUUGAAAAAAUUACGUAAAGUAAAUAUUGAAUCAAAUCAGAUAAGUGUUUUAAAAAGAGGCAUCUUGGAUGGAAUAGGUCAACGAGGCAAACCAUCUCUAAAAGACAUAAGUUUUCACCUCAACAAAAUCUCUUAUAUUGAAGAUGGUAUAUUCGAGGGACAGCAAAUUAGAGGACUAUACCUACACGUCAACAGAUUAACAAGUCUCCCAGACUUAACUGGACUUUGUUCACACAUUCGUGAACUUCGAUUGUCAGAGAAUUAUAUCUCGGAUAUAUCUGCUCUUUCCAAGUCUGGUAUCAAAAGCAUCGUAAAAUUGAAACUGGACCACAACAACAUUUCGAUGAUUCCUUCAGGGACAUUCGAUAAUAUUGAUAUAUUAACGGUGCUGUAA